GCCUGUUCCCGCCGGCUCCGCGGAGGCAGCGCAGCAUGUUCGGCGGCCGGGCGAGUCCUCUCUUCCUGGACACUUCAGGGAUCUGGUGGCAGGACCUGUCGUCCCUGGCUGCAGUGGAGGCGUCCUGGGACGUGACAGAGAUGGCAGCUCUGCGGAAGGCUGCAGAUGAGAGCUCGGACCUGAGCCACCUGGAGGGGGACAGCGCGGAGGAGCUGGCUGUGCCGGACCCAGAGCUGGAGGCCAUCAAAGCCAGAGUGCGGGAGAUGGAGAAGGAGGAUGAGAGGCUGAAGGAGUUGCAGCUGGAAGCCGAGAGCCGCCUUAUCAUGAGCUCGGAGGCAGGUCUCUUCCCAAAGACGACCGAGGAGAAGAUGGAGGUUGACCAGCGAUCCAUCUACGUGGGCAAUGUGGAUUACGGGGGUACGGCAGAAGAGCUGGAGUCUCACUUCAACAGCUGUGGACAGAUCAACCGAGUGACCAUCCUCUGUGAUAAGUUCUCGGGGCAUCCCAAAGGGUACGCCUACAUCGAGUUUGAGGAGAAGAGCUCUGUGAAGGCUGCGGUGGAGCUGGAUGAGAGCGUGUUCAGAGGCCGUGUCAUUAAGGUGCUGCCCAAGAGGACCAACAUGCCGGGCAUCAGCACUACCGACCGUGGGGGCUACCGGGGCCGCUUCCAAGCCCGGGGAGGGCUGGCCCAGCGGGGAGGCUACUACGGAGGGCUGCACCCGAGGGUGCGAGGCAGGACAUACAGGGGUCGGGCAAGGCUGCUGCCUUGGUAUUUUCCGUAUUAGAAAGGACUGGACUGCCCUGGUGAUGCCGACGGGACUGAAAUGAGGAGAUGGGAUUGGAGAGAUUUAAAAAUAUGCCUACCCAAGCCAAAAAAGAUUAAUUUUAAAAUGCCAUCUGCCUGGCCGUGAGGAUUACUGGUGAGGCAGCCGUGUGCCGGGCUGUGGGAGGGAAGACUGGAUCCGCUCCACCCGCACAUCGGCCGGAUCCCUGCCAGCAUCCCAGGAGCGGCUCACCUUAGCUUUGCUUAGGGGAUUGCAUUUUCAUCGAGAACAGUCUCAUUCCAGAGAACACCCUGUCCUGGGAAGGGAAGAGCUUUCCCAGACCAUCAGUCUCAUCCUCAUCCCAUAGAAAAGGGCUGUACUGGAGGGUUUGGUUUGGCUUCUAGGUGUCCAAAUGCCCUUCCACCCCACCGCGAGGGCGGACCUGUCCUGCUCGGCAUGUGAAGCACCCUCGGCUUUGUCAAGUGUUUCUACAAGAGCCGGAUGCUGCUUUCUCUUGCCCAUAGGAAGAUGCCAAAGACCUUUCCAAAGACUGUUUUCUUCUUCAAAUCAGUGGAGAAAGUUGGGUUGCAGCUCAAGAUCUGACUGCUGGGGAGCUUUUCCUUCAUCAGCCUUGUGGAUUUCUGACCUUGCUCUUGGGAAGAGGAUGGAGCCGAACAAUGUGUUUUGGGUCUGGUUUUUUAGCUCGCUGCUGCUGUUGUACAUCUAACAACUAAGGGAGGGAAAAAGCAUCCCUUGCCGUUUCUCUGGAAGCCUCUGUAUCUCUGUGGUGGUUAAACAAGACCUGGGUGUCACAAAAUCCUUCCCCUCUUGUAUUUCAGAAGUCAAGAACCCCCUCUUACCCCCUCUUGCUUUUAUUCCAGAGCUACAGGGAUCAGAGAGUGCUGCCAACUCAUCACUACUUUAUUUCUAGCAGUAGCAGCAUUACAAAAUCAUCUCCACUGUUGCAAAUUUGGUCUGAUCUUCCUCUUUACUCCCAUCACCAUUUCUGCUCCAGAUCCCUGUUUGGGGAUGGUGUGAGCCCAGCUGAACUAGAGGGUCAGGAGCGAAGCGCACCACGGGAGCUGGGUACUGGGGAAGAAGCGCUGCCUGGCGCUUCCCCUUCCUGCUGAUCUUGUGUUUAUGAGCUCUGAAACCACUUGUUUUUAAAGGAAAAACUUUGUGUUAAAAGAAGCAGGCUGGAAACAGCAGCAGACAGUGUUACUGUGUGAAGUUCUGCAUCGAAAUCGGUUUUAUUAUGUAAUUCUCACACUAAUCUUUCAGGAUCCUUGGUUAGGAUUCCUCUAACCCAGAUGCAACAGAUGUGACCGACUCCUAAAGCAGCUUUUCACAGCUCAGGGGGCAUUGCCAGGCUAAAAAUCCCACUCAU